CUACUGUGGCUGUACUCUAUAGAACCACAGGGUGGCGCUAAAUCACUGAACUUUUUUUACAUUUUGAACUAAGUCCCACACUUCCCUUUACAAAACUUGUCCCAAAUGUAAAUCAUUUUUUUGUCCGUAUGGACGCUGUGAUUUUGUUGACUAUAUUCCUACAUUAUUUAGGACGUUUUCUUUUCCCUUGGAAUGUUUUAUAGCCUCCCUUAGCUUUAGUUUACAAGUCCAAGACGGUCGAGUUGUAGUACACAUGACGUCAGGUGAACUUGGGAUGGCUUCUGUGCUGUUCGGCACUCCUCCUCUCUGUCCCAGUCCUCUCCUCCUGAACACUCAACCCGGGUCACUCGGGUACUACCCAACAAAACACAGGACUUUGAGAUACUCUGAAAACAGCCGACGGUCGCCGGAUUACUGAUAAGACAACUCUUUUUGUUGUUGUUGCACAAAGGAAUAGUUUACCUCAAGCAUAAAUAAGCUGUCAAAACAACAAGAAAACGUUGUCUAGUCCAUUGAGAAGUCCAGGACACAGGCACCAUGACCAGUCAGUAGAAAGGUACGUCUGUCUUGUCCCUCACGGGGCUACUAGAAGACACGCUCGCCGUGGGAACCGCUCUUUUACAGGCAUUAUUGCAGUUCUCUGUGGGGUCGGGAUGUUUGCACAGUGACCAGUCGUGUCGGACGAGACUCCAGCUCCACAGUGAGAAACAAAAGACAAUCGUGAUUGAUGCGCCAUGGAGGGCGGGAACGAAGUGGAUCUGUCCAACAAUAACAUCAGUCCGCUGUGGAAGCGGCAAUCAGCCAAUCACACUGGUCCCAGCAAGCUAAAGGCCCGUCCCCUCAGCUACCAGAUAGACAGACUCCACAUGACUGACUUGCCCGUAGAGGACAACAAGUGCGGCUUUACCCUGAGCCAGCCUGCAGAGAGACUGGUGGCCACGCCGGGAGGAGGGACGGUCAUUCUGAAGCACGUUCUCAACCAACCCACCAGGAGGACACGGGUUGUCAGGAGUAUCAGCAUUGGACAUUUGGCCAAAGGACGUUUCUCCCUGUCCAAGUUCAAGUCGGAGGACAAGUUUUCGUCAUUGGACAAUAAGGCGCACCAUGGUGGAAGUGCUGGUCAAAUCGGUAACAAGGAGAAGGUGUGGUCAGACAAGCGGCCACGCGAUGCCCUGAAGCGACUCUCCAGCCCGUUCACCCUCACCUCUCACAGAGACCAGAUAGUGUUUGGAACAAGUUCCUCACUGCCGGACCGUGCCUCCUCCAGUCACCCCUCUCCCCCUGCCACCCCCAAUAACAACCACCACCAUAACCUGACCUCCUCUUCUUCCUAUCACCCCUUAACCCCUCACCCUUCUCCCCCUAGUCUCCACACCCCUACCCCAUCUCACAGCUCCACCUGCAGUAUCUCCUCCCUCACCUCCACCUCCACCCCUUCUGACCCCCCCACACCCCGCAGCCCCUCCCCUGCUGACAUGUCUGCCCCCUCCCUCUCUCCUCCUCCCUCCAUUGUCCUCAGCACCCACAGUGCAGCUGCCCUGAAGAUGGGCACACAGCAGCUGAUCCCCAAAGGGCUGGCGUCCCUGAGCAAGGCCUCUCCUGCUGGGGUACAGAGCCAGGGCCUGGGGGGUCUGCUGGGCCUGGAUCCUACCAAGCGGGCCCUACGAGCUGUCAGCAUGGUGGAGACUGGAUCCUUCUUCUCCACGGACGGAGGGGGAGAGGGGACAGACCAGGAUGAGAGCCCUGGGAGUCUGAAAAGGGGGUUGAGGUCUACCUCAUACAGGAGGGCAGUGGUGAGUGGAGUGGAAGUGGAAGUACCAUCUGUAGACCCAAAAACCCAUCUCUUGUCCCAGUCUGUAGACCCAAAGACCCAUCUCCUGUCCCAGUCUGUACUCAAAGGACUACAGGAGGUCAAGGAGACACCGACCAGCCCUGGGAAGAAGAACAAGAGACCGGAUAAGAAGCCAGGACUGAUCACACAGAGGACUUUUGACAGGGAAGAGGAGGAACUGUAUCAGAACUACCAGGAGAAAGCUCUUCACAAUGACUCUGAUGAGGACCAGUCCAGAGAGCCCAAACCUGACGAGGGCAUCGUGGUGCAGUACAGACCCAUACGCACCUCGUGGAGCCAACUCAGUGUGGUGAAGAAGAGCGGCCUUAAGCUCAGCCAGGAGGAGCGGAAAAGACAAGAGGCCAUAUUUGAGUUGAUAUCGUCAGAACACUCCUACCUCCACAGUCUGGAGGUUCUGAUCCGGAUGUUUCAGAACUCAGCGGAGCUCAGUGACACCAUGACCAAGACCGAGCACCACCACCUCUUCUCCAACAUCACAGACGUGUGUGAGGCCAGCAAGAAGUUCUUUAAAGAGCUAGAGGACCUGCACCAGCAGAACGUUGUUAUAGAUGACAUCAGUGACAUCGUGUUCAGACACGCCCAGUCCAACUUUGACCCCUACAUCACCUACUGCUCCAAUGAGGUUUACCAGCAGAGGACCCUACAGAGGCUAGUUAGUAAGAGUCCAGUGUUUAAGGAGGUGUUGACUCGUAUUGAGGGCCACCCAGACUGCAGGAACCUCCCAAUGAUCUCCUUCCUAAUCCUGCCAAUGCAGAGAGUCACCCGCCUGCCUCUGCUGAUGGAUGUCAUUUGUCAGAAGGCUUCUAAAGGCUCAUCUCAGUAUGAGGCCUGUAAGAAAGCCCUUCAAUCAGUCAGCAAGGUGGUGCGUCAGUGUAACGAAGGAGCCCGUACCAUGGAGAGAACAGAGAUGAUGUACACCAUCAACUCUCAACUGGACUUUAAGAUCAAGCCCUUCCCAUUGGUCUCGUCGUCUAGGUGGAUGGUGAAGAGAGGGGAGCUCACAGCCUUCGUGGAGGAGAACGGCAUCUUCUCCAAGAGGACGUCACGACAUCAGGUCUACUUCUUCCUCUUCAACGACGUCCUCAUCCUCACCAGGAAGAAGAGUGAAGACAGCUAUGCAGUGAUAGACUAUGCUCUGAGGGACCAUAUCUGGGUGGGACCCUGCCAGGCUCAGGAUAUCAACCUAUCACCCAUCAGAACCACCGCUGGAAUGCUGACAUCACGGCAUCCCGGGGCCAGCCACCUCUUCCACCUGCGUUUCCGUAGCAACCAUUCCGGAGACAAGGUGCCCAUGGUCCUGGGGGUGGAGCUAAUGAAUGAGCGUGCUCGCUGGAUCACUGCUCUGGGCCAGAGCAGCAACGACGAGAAGAACCAAGACCGGACCAAUGCCAUGCAGGUGGUGGUGACGAGGACGUACACAGCCAAGCAGCCUGAUGAGCUGUCACUGCAGGUGGCUGACGUGGUCCUGGUGUCACAGACUGUGGAGGACGGCUGGUAUGAGGGCGAGCGACUCCGUGAUGGCGAGAGGGGUUGGUUCCUGUCAGAAUGUGCUGAACCAAUCACGUGCCAGGCCACUAUUGAGCGCAACGUGCAGAGGAUGGACCGCCUCCAGGGGCUGGAAACCAAUGUGUGAUCCGGAACUGCAGGCUCCACCCACUAAUUACACAAGCCUGUUCUCAGACAGACCAAUGAGUGAUCUGGAACUGCAGGCUCCACCCACUAAUUACACAAGCCUGUUCUCAGACAGACCAAUGAGCUGCCUUCAAGCACUAUCAACCAAUGAGAGAGCUGACUGACACCAAAUGCACCAAUAUAAUCUCUCCGUGGGUCAACAGACAAAUGUAGGUGUGAGCCUUGCCUGCUGCGUGUAUCUGUUAGAAUGUGGUUUUUCAUUGUUGCCCAUGCAGUGUAACGUUCUCCGCCUUCUACCGGUCUAUACCGUAAGGAAAUUUGACCCUUUGACCUGUCAACAACACUCUGAUUCCUCCCCCUGAUGGGAGACUGGCCAACCACUGUCUGUGUAACUGUUGUUUUGUUUUUGUUGCCCCGAUGGACACACUGAGGACGUGCUGGGGUCAAAGUUCAAAACUGCCACAUACAGAGUGGACACCUAAUGUAGGACGGCGCAUUCAAACUGAUAUGGACACAGAUUCAUUUGAUCAACUGUUUCCUUCUGAAAGACUCCCCAGGAGUUUCCAUGAAUGAAACUUACCCUCUCUACUACAUAGUAACUAACAAUUUAUAUGAGCCAAACAACUAUGUUGAUGAUCUGUAUAUAUAUUUGUUUUACUUGUCAUUCGUUUUUCUUUUUAAAAUUCCUGGUUGUCCUGGUGUGAUGAGACUGAUGAAUUGGCUGAGUGAAUAGAGCCAACAUGGCUCACUGUCCAGUUCAGUUUCACCUCUACUCUGUGGUCAGGCUAUAGUGUGUGAUGAGACUGAUGAAUUGGCUGAGUGAAUAGAGCCAACAUGGCUCACCGUCCAGUUCAGUUUCACCUCUACUCUGUGGUCAGGCUAUAGUGUGUGAUGAGACUGAUGAAUUGGCUGAGUGAAUAGAGCCAACAUGGCUCACUGUCCAGUUCAGUUUCACCUCUGUUCUGUGGUCAGGCUAUGGUGUGUGAUGAGACUGAUGAAUUGGCUGAGUGAAUAG